UGUCGUUCAUCUUUCACUCUUCACUAUUGACUUGUCGGGCCUGGCAAGAGUGAACCCCCACCUUUGCUCAUCUCCCACUAUUAUAUUCCCACGAUCUCAUGUUUCACAUUUAUCCCUGAGAAAUCUCAAACACGACCACCACACCACGGAGUAUCCGCGCUCGUUCGCUCAUUUCCCCAUCAUCUCUCCAACAUGGCGUCCCGGCCGAUCGUGCUCAGAUUCGAGAGCCGCAACGGCCAGUUUCGGUUGAAUGUCAGCCCGCAGGAAUUAUUCCCGUCUCUGCAGCAGAAGAUUGCCGACAACUUACCCCAAGGCGUCGAACCUUCGUCGAUCACCCUUUCUAAUAAACCGAUCGGUACCGGCGGGGAGGAGAGAGUGCUGCAGGAUCUGAAGAAUGUUUCUAUCGAGAGGGUUGGUCUAAAACAUGGAGACAAGCUUUUUGUUGGGUACCAGGAGAAAGCUGCAGAAGGCGCCGCGAAUGGUAAACAGCCUGCUACGACGGAAACCUCUCGACGACUGAACGGAGCUCCUGUGCCGCAGGGCGAGACGGUAUUUCGCCCGCAACCUACGUCGCCGUCCGUGAACAUUAAGAACCCCUGGGAGGUUGUUAAGCAAUCACCCCUGGAUGACCAGCUGGAUAAGAAAGAUGGGAAAAUUAAGCGUCGUCUGGACAUGAAGAUGUGCAGACACGGUCCCAAAGGCAUGUGCGACUAUUGUAUGCCGCUCGAGCCUUAUGACAAAAACUACCUGGCGGAGAAGAAGAUCAAGCAUCUAUCUUUCCACUCAUACCUGCGAAAGCUCAACGCCGCCACGAAUCGGGAGGAAAGUUCGUUUAUGCCGCCCCUCAAUGAGCCAUACUACCGAGUAAACCAAAACUGUCCGUCUGGGCACCCUCCCUGGCCUGAGGGCAUUUGCACCAAGUGCCAGCCUAGUGCGAUCAGUUUGCAGCCUCAGGAGUUUCGGAUGGUCGACCACGUUGAGUUCGCUACCCCCCAACUUAUCAACUCGUUACUUGAUUUUUGGCGAAAAUCUGGUACUCAGCGGUUGGCCUUCCUCUACGGUACUUAUGAGGAGUACACAGAGGUUCCUCUCGGGAUCAAGGCCGUUGUUCAGGCGAUGUACGAACCGCCGCAAGUCAAUGAAGUCGAUGGAGUGACGCUCCAUGAAUGGCCGAACGAAGAGGAGGUCGACGAAGUUGCCCGUCUAUGUGGGCUCCAGAAAGUCGGUGUUGUCUUCACUGACCUGAUCGACGCUGGAGCUGGAGACGGGACUGUUAUCUGCAAGCGACACAUCGACUCCUACUAUCUGUCCUCGUUGGAGAUUGCCUUUGCAUCUCGACUGCAGACACAGUAUCCAAAGGCAACGAAAUGGAGCCGGACGGGCCGUUUCGGUUCCAAUUUUGUGACUUGUGUUUUGAGCGGAGAUGAGGAGGGCGCUAUCACGGUCAGUUCCUACCAAGCUUCAAUUUCCGCGAUGGAGAUGGUAAGAGCGGAUAUUGUUGAGCCAUCGGCAGAACCUUCCGUCAUGCUGGUGCAGUCGGAGGAAGAUGAUUCUGAGAACAAGUCACGAUAUAUUCCCGAGGUUUUUUACCGGCAGAUCAAUGAAUACGGUGUCAGUGCCCAGCAGAACGCUAAACCCAGUUUCCCUGUCGAGUACCUUUUGAUCACUUUAACCCACGGUUUCCCGACAUCUGCGACGCCGCUGUUUUCUGACAGUACAUUCCCCAUCGCAAAUCGUGAAUUGAUUGGCGAGAGCCAGGAGCUUCGCCAUGUCUCCAAAAAGCUCAUUUCCCACGGUGAUCCGGACAAGGCAAUCCGGGCCGUAUCUGACUUUCACCUCCUCUGUUUCCUUCAUUCGCUGUCCACUUUCAGCAAGGACGAAGAAGCACUCCUCUGCCGCGUCGCGACGUCCCACAACCUCACGGAUGGCAUGCAGCUGAUAAACACAUCGGGAUGGGCGACAUUGGUUACAAUUCUUCAGGAAAGUGGUGAGCGCCCCCCCAAGCGCCCCUGGCCAACGGCCGAAUCUCCAGGCCCACUUCCUCAACAUGGCAAACGUCAUCGUUAUUCAAGACCUGGGUCCCCAAAAUCAGAAGGUGAACAGCUUGCUAAGAGGUUUAAGGGAGCUAGCUUAGAGUGACGGGUCGAUCCUUACCUCCGAACCCUACCCACCUGUGACCCCCGCUUCUCCUACACUCUACCUGAGUUC